ACGGAGUUUAAAUUUGCAAGUUCCUUCCUCUUAUGAUCAAUGAGAUUCUCUCACUUCACAAGUCUCUGUAUACAUAAAUUUGGGUUGGCCAGCCAGCCUCUAGCUUCUAAGUGCCAAACUCUUGUCUGAAUAGUGAACAGUGAACGCACUGCAUCUGUCUAUCCUCCCCAAUUCCACCUCUCCAACUCAAAAAACUCAUCAUAUCAUACCAAUAAUCAUAUUCCCUCCGUCCCUCCCUUCUCCCUGAGUCCAAAGUGGAGAGUGUAAAUUAAGCAAGAAGAUUAUAGGGCCAGAAAAAAUGCCAAGCAAUCUGGGAAGAAACAUAAAUCUUUGCUUCACAAAUAUCACGGCACCCUCAUCUCCCCAAUCCUCGAUCCAAGCUGAGCACAGCCGUUCCCUAUCCAGCUCCGCAGCAUCAGUCCUCAUCAAGAACUUCAACUCUCUCUACGAUUUCGCUUUUGACUGCACCACCUAUUCCAAGUCCUUUCCGCACCCCACGUCCGCCACCACCACCUCCGACAACGACCUCUCCUCCUCCGAAUCCUACACCACCUCCUCCACCCCGGACUUCUCCACCAUCUUCGCAUCCCAACGCUUUUUCUGCUCCUCUCCUGGCCGUUCUAACUCCAUCAUAGACUCCUCAUCGUCCCUAUCGUCAACCUCCUCGUCGUCUCCGGGCAUCCCGACCGAACCCGACAGCGUCGUGGGAGGAAGCAUUGCUGUUGCGACCUAUUCGCCAGACCCUUUCAUGGACUUUCGACGGUCCAUGCAAGAAAUGGUGGAGGCCCAUGACCUGAUCGACGUUGCAGCCAAUUGGGACUACUUGCACGAGCUUCUCACCUGCUAUCUGUCUCUCAAUCCCAAGAGAACCCACAAAUUCAUCGUCGGAGCUUUUGCCGAUCUUCUUGUCAGUCUCAUUACUUCAUCAUCACCAGAUGAUGAGCGCUGCCGCUGUACGAAAUCAAAAUUCUCCGAUGAUGGUCGUAAGAUGUCAGGUAUGGGGUGGGCGGAUGUGAAAUUUUCGCGGGCCCCUAGCCAUUAAUUAAGAUCACGUCAUUGUUUUAGGGAGGAAAGGCGUUCAAGGUAAUAAGGUGGUGAAUGGAUAGCAAUGAGAGUCGAAUCUCUGCAUCUUUUUGAGGAAAGAAAAGAAUACGAGUGGCUGCAGAAUCAAUGUGAUUAAUGUAGAAAAUUAUGGAAAUCUGAAAAGAAAUUGAUGUAACGUUGACAGUUCAUUGUUAUGCAUGCAUCUGGUCCCCUAUUGUCCUCAAUUAUAUCGAUACAUAAAUAAAUUUAAUGGUAUCAUUAAGACCGUUAUAUUUCUGGCACUUCUUGUUUCUUGGUUUUUAAGUUACUUACAUGCUUCUAAUUUUCUAAAUAUGCUAAGCCAGCCUAGCACGGCUGCACGACACAGAAGCAGAAGCAGGAGACGAAGCCUUGGUCUUUGCUUCUGGUGGCAGACUCCCGGAAAAGUGUAUCUACUUUUUCAGAGAUUUUUUUUUUUUUUUGGGGGUUAAUUUAGAUUCCAGCGUGCAGGACACUAAUGGAAUGAAGACAAGACCAGAUUUGUACUCUGAUGGGAUAUCCAAACCAUCCACCUUUCCAAUUUCUAAAAGCUGCCCCUGUCUUUAAUAGAGUACUUUCAUUCAGUCACCGUGGCGUUCUUCCUAUUGAACUUCUAACCCCGACCCUAAUCGAAAGAAGAUGACAGACAAAAAGGGUCCUUCUUACGACGUAGUUGGCCUUCACUCAUCAAGGAGGCCAUUAGGCUUGGGCAGAAGCUAAGGUAGUUGGCCUUUCGGGCGCCCACUGAACUCGCUUGGGGAGAAAGAUAAUUUGCUACAAUCUGUAUGUAAUGAUGCAUCUGUUGACAAACAUUGGUCAUGCAAGUUUACCUUCUUCUACCAUAAGGAAAGAAAACCAAAUGGCAAAAGAACUUCAUAACA